GCACGGGGAGAGGUCGUCUGCAGGCGAGGAGGGGGAUGACAUGUUUCCAGCCCAAAUGUGCUGGACGGGGGCGGGAAAAAAAAAAAAAAAGCGCAGGACCCUUCCGAUCGGAGCCGUCCCCGGAAUCGAGUUAAGAACCAGAUGUUCUAAACCGCCGUCUGCUUAUUUCUCGCUGCACUUUAACCUUUUAUCUGGAGGUUUGAUCAACCCUGCCCAGGAAAAUCUGUAACUUGAUAAAACAAGAAUCCUCCAAGCACAUCUAUGUGGGUAGCAGAGAAAAUUUGUGGGUCAAUGGAGUGCUCCAUCCUACCCAUGUCAUCAUCAGAAUUCAGCUUCAAGCUCGGUGACAUCAUGUUCGGGGAAAAAUCGGACAAACACAAAAGAAUUUCCCUCUUCCCCAAUGUCAUCACCCCUGACAACAUCCCAGAGUUCUGUAUCCCGCCAACCAUCCCGUCCCUGCAGGAGGUAAAGAAUACGGACCACAACCGAGCUGUCGGUGUUGCCAAAGCGAACCUCAGUGACAAGGUUGAAGUGGUGCAACAAGAGCUCCAGAACCCGCAUAUUAUCCAAGUGGAAAGCGUGGAUGAGGGUCCCUACGAUGGCUGCAGCGAUGAGGAGACGACAAACGCCGAUCCUCAAAGCCAGGCUGCCUUGUCCCUUCCCCACUUGGCCAAAGCUCAGACCUGCUACGGCUUCUGCACCUUGCUGGAGAGCCCACACACCAGGAGAAAGGAGUCCCUUUUCCACUCCGAUCCCGGUUCCUCACCCCUGCUGCUGCCCAGGAGCCGAUCCGCCACCUGCUCUAAAGUCACCUCGCCCUCCUUGUCGUCGCCUUCCUCCUUUAGUCUCAACAGUCUCACAUCCAGACUUUCCCCGAGAGGACAUAAUCUCAACUGGCAGGGGGCUUUGGACAGUGAUACCUCCUCUACCGAGUCGUCUCCUUUCAGUUCGCCCCUUCUGACAAGAUGCCCCACCAAGUCGUCCCUCUUCAAGGCACUGAGCCACGAACUGCUGCUAUCAAAGAACAUGAGGAAGGCCAUGGUGUCCAGGAAUAAUUCCCUGUCCACAGAUGAAGGCAGCUCCACUGACAACAGUCCCAACGUGAUGAGGAGGGCGUCAGAGGGCUUACCUGAGGGCCUCCCCAGCUGUUACAGCCUGGCACCCCCAACAAUCUUCCCCGUGGAUUUGACCCUGCACAGGGAGCGGGUAAUGAAGGAAAAAAUUGUGCCGAUAGGCAAGGACGGCAACCUGAGACUCUCGGCAGAGUACUGUCCGGACAACCAAAGACUGAAGGUCCGACUGAUCAGUGCAGAGGGGCUGUACCCUCUGUCCGUAGACCCCAAGAUCAUUAACUGCAGUGUCAGCAUCUCAUUGGCUCCAGGGAAAGUCCAGAAGCAGCGCAGCACCGUCAUCCGAAAAAGCCGCAACCCCAUCUUCAAUGAAGAUUUCUUUUUCGACGGCAUUUCAGUGGAAGACCUCAAUGUGCGCUCCCUUCGCUUCAAGGUGGUCAACAAAAUGUCCACCCUCAAAAGAGACUACCUGCUGGGGAGUGGUGAUCUGCCUCUCACAACCAUUGUCACCUUAAGUCAUUAGAACUUCCGAGGUUGUUAUUAAGGUAUUAUUUAUUUUCUGUGGUUUUUUUUUUUUUUGUGAUAAUAUUUUUUAAUGAAUAAAUCAAGGGUAUCCUAACUUGGUUUCAAUGUUGUUU